AUGUUCGGCGGCCUUCGGUCUGUCGGUCGCUGCGCUUCGAACUCAACCUUCGGCGCUCUCCAGUCGCUGACCAACGGCCUUCCCGAGCUCGGCCAAACCUUGGGCCCCGCUUGCUCAUCCAUCUUCGUUCGCACCGCGACCAAGAAGCAGGGCGGAUCGUCCAACAACGGCCGCGACUCCAACCCGAAGUUCCUCGGCAUCAAGAAGUACGGCGGGGAGCACGUCAUCCCGGGCAACAUCAUAGCGAGGCAGCGGGGCACCAAGUGGCACUGCGGCGCAAAUUGCGGGAUCGGCGUGGAUCACACCGUCUACGCGCUCAUCUCCGGCCGCGUCCACUUCACCGACGCCAAGAACCCUCACAAGCGAGGCAAGAAGGUGAUCAACGUCGUACCGCACGAGCAGUGGCCGGAGGUGUUGGCGGCGGCGCAGGCGAGGAACGCGGCGAAGCGAGCCAAGAAGGAGGUCCAGUGAAGACAAGGGUCCCACCUGAGAAGAAGGGACGUGUUCGGUGAUACGCGUCACGACAAAAGCCCGACAUGAGCGGUUGGAACAAUUUCCUCGCGACGAUGGGCCUCGCGCCGUCGCAGGCUGAGUUGACAGAGGGCGUCGAGUUCUGGCACGGCGCCGAGCGCCAGGGCUGGCUCAUGAAGCAGGGCGACGUCAUCAAGACGUGGCGCCGGCGGUGGUUCGUGCUGAAGGACGGGAAGCUGUUCUGGUUCCUCUCCGAGCACGUCACGCCGGCGUCGCAAACCCGCGGGUGCAUCGACGUCGGCAAGUGCCUGAGCGUCAAGGGCGCGGAGGACGCCAUCAACCGAGCGUUUGGGUUUGAGCUCAGCACGAGGGGCGACACCAAGUACUUCAUCGCGGACUCGGCCAAGGAGAAGGAGGAGUGGAUCAACUCCUUGGGACGAGCAGUCGUUCGACACUCCAGGGCGCUUAUCGACGACACCGAGGAGGAUCCGUAUUGAUUCGCGGAGGCGCAAACGGGUCGUCCGCCUUCGUAAAUGAGGGACACGAAAUGUACAAUACGUGAACACUUGGAUGAAUCGUUGGAUUGUCAUGUUACACCCGAGGGUCUGCGGACGCGUUUUCGUCGUCCGAACCCACCCAUAUCUAUGUUGUACACAUCGCGUGGUUUUUUUC